AUGACUGUUACCGAGUAUGCUGCUAAGUUCAAAGAACGGGUGGAGUUUUGUCCACACGACAAUGGUGCGACAGCUGGAGGGUCAAAGAUAUAUAAUGAGGAUAACAUGGUCCGUUAUGCUCUCUAUAAGAGCCUUAGUGAGAAGAAAGGGAGGAAUCAAUAUCAUGGAAAAUUGUAUAGUGCUUCAGCUAGUAAAGGGAAGCGGAAGGCUUUAGAUGAGAAAAAUACAAAGACUACUAGCUUUGACAGGUUGAUUCGAGGAACGUGUUUUAUUAAUGGUAUUCCAUUUAUUGCUAUUAUUGACACGUGGGCAACAUACUCAUUUAUUUCGCUUGAUUAUGUUGAGAGUUUGGGUUUGAAAUUGCCUGCUAUGGUUGGAAUUAUGGUUAUUGAUACCCCAACUAAUGGUCCAGUGGCCUCAUCGUGGGUGUGUUUGAAUUUUCCGCUGACUAUUUAUGGUAAGAGUUUUGGGAUGGACUUAGUCUUUCUACCAUGGAAUCAAAUUGAUGUUAUCCUCAGAAUGAACUGGUUAGAGUUCAACCAUAUUCAUAUCAACUAUUUCGACAAGUCAAUGUCAUUUUCAGAGUUUGAUGCAAGUGAUGAUUUGAUGAAAGAUGAAGCUGAAGUGUUUAUGAUAUUAUCUUCUAUGAAGGAUGAAAGCAAAUCCAUGAUUGGUAAGUUACCCGUGGUGUGUGAUUUUCCUGAAGUGUUUCUAGAUGAUAUCAAUGAUUUUCCACUAGAGCGCGAGGUUGAGUUUUCUAUAGACUUAGUACCUGGUACUAGUUAUAUGUUGAUGGAUCCUUAUAGAAUAUUUGCUUCAAAGUUGAGUGAGCUGAAGAAAUAA